GAUAAUGAGAAACAUCCUCAUAAAACCCAAAAGCCAAAAACCCUACUUGUUAAAACCCUGCCCUCCAUUUUCUCAACUCUUCCACAGGUCUGAAAGAGAGACUGAACUGUUCUCAUCCAUUUCCACCCUUCUUAUGGCUAAUAGAGCUCAAUAAAAUUUGAAUGGAGUUGAUUAUGGCCAAACAAAAGCCAAAUAGCAAUACGCACAAGUGUACUCAAGAAUUUGGGAAUGGGUUGAAUUCCGACGUAAUUCAUUAUUCCAGGCGCAAUGCUGUCGGGCGAAAGAGGAAGAGCAAGCAGCAUCAGCAGCUAUUUAUGAGUGAAAAUGAUUAUAAGCUGCGGCUUCAGGAGGUCUUAUACACUCCGGACUAUAUUCUCACCAAAUUUUUUCGCAAGGAUGGUCCCCCGCUUGGGGAUCACUUUGAUUCUCUUCCAUCAAAUGCUUUUUCCUGCGGUCCCAGCAAAUCUCAUCAUGAAGAUAAUCGGAAUUCCUGUAAAAGAAGAAAGGUUUCCAUGCAUGCCAUUUUGGACUACCAAGCUUGUUGUGAGAACAGUUCACCUGCACAGAGGCAUGGCAUAGGAAAAGGCCCAAUGACUGCGAACGGUGCUCCAAUAAAGAAACACGGCAUGGGUAAAGGUUUAAUGACUCAAAAGGGUGCUCCAGGGAAAAAGCAUGGCCGUGGGAAAGGUUUCAUGACAGUUUGGCAAGGUACAAAUCAUGUUGCAAGAGAUUUUGCAUAUGGUGCUAACAGCAGUGAGCUUGCCAUUCAAAAGAAGAAGAACAGAGUACAGCCACGGGAAUCCCUUGCGAGAAGAUUGGCAAACAAAGAACAGGCUAGGAGGAAGACUGCUGUGGGAAGUAGAAAAGUGGAACGCCAGAAACUUCAGAAACAGAAACAGAAACAGCCUCAUAAAGAAAAAUGUGAACUUGCUCUUGAAGAUGCGAAAUGUCUAGAAAACACAGAACAGUUUGCAUUGCUAAUGGAUGAUGAGGAGCUGGAGCUAAGAGAUCUACAAGCAGGGCCAAAACCGUUGUCUUGUUGUGCUCAUUUUCCAACCAAUGCUUCUCAUGGUUGUUCCCUUUGCAAAGACUUGCUUGCGAAGUUCCCUCCAAAUUCUGUAACAAUGAAGCUACCAUUGUCUAUCCCACCAUGGGUUUCCUCGCCAGAGCUAGUUAUCAAGUUUUUUAAGGUGUUCCAUUUUCUUUGUACAUAUGCUGUAACAAUCAGUAUACAUUCAUUCACGUUAGACGAAUUUGCUCAAGCAUUUCAUGAUAAGGAUUCAUUGUUGCUUGGGCAAGUACAUCUGGCACUUCUCAAACUACUUUUAUCAGAUAUUGACAAGGAGCUGAGUAGGGGAUUUCUGUCUCAUGCAAGCAAAAAUUGCAAGUUUUUGGGUUUGCUUCAUUCGCUUGAACAUAAUGGAUCUAUUCUGGAGUUCUGGCAGAAUUCACUGAACCUCCUGACAUGGACGGAAAUCCUGCGACAGGUAUUGGUUGCAGCUGGUUUUGGUGCCAAACAUGGUAUGACACGGAAGACAAUUUGCAACAAGGAAGUCAAUCUUAUGGAUAAGUAUGGCCUAAGUCCUGGUACAUUGAAGGGAGAACUAUUCAGUCUUUUGUUGACACAAGGAAAUAGUGGGAUGAAAGUCUCAGAGUUGGCAAAAUCUUCAUCAAUUGUUGAGUUGAACCUCACGGAUACACUCCCCGACCUAGAGAAUUUGGUCACUUCAGCUCUCUCGGGUGACAUAACGUUGUUUGAAAAGAUCUCAUCAUCUGGGUAUAGAUUACGUAUCCAUGCAGUUGAGAAAGAAUGUGAAGAUUGUCCAUCUGAUUCUGAAGACUUUGGAAGCAUGGAUGACAUUUCUGAAGUCACUGGUGGAGAUGAUGCAAAUGAUUCUGAGUACGAGACUCUGGGCUGCAGUCCGUCCAAAACUGAUGUUGGUCAAUCUAACAUGAACAUGCUGAGAGUAUAUAAUGAAAUUGAUGAGAGCAAUCCGGGAGAAGUAUGGUUGUUAGGACUAAUGGAGAGUGAAUAUUCCGAUUUAAGCAUUGAGGAGAAGCUAAAUGCUUUAGUCGCGUUGAUUGAUCUUCUUGGUGCUGGAUCCAGUAUCAGAAUGGAGGAUCCCUUGAUGUCAAGUACGGAAUGUCCUCCCAACACCUAUCAUCAUGGUUCUGGUGCGAAAAUAAAGAGAUCUAUUGUGAAGCAGUAUGACUCCCUUGGGCUAUCGGGAAGCCGUGCUGGGCAAACAUUUAGUGGGCCUGAUGUAAAUAUACCAGAACAACCAAUUGAUUCCUUGGUACCUAUGUCAAAGAUCGGUGAGGAGGAGAAGUUUGCCAACAUGAAAAGGGUUGCAAAACAAAUGGAAGCAGAGCUCUAUUUACAUCCUAUGCAGUCAAUCUUUCUGGGUUCUGAUCGUAGGUAUAAUAGAUACUGGUUAUUUUUGGGUCCUUGUGAUGAAUUAGAUCCUGGACACAGGAGGAUUUACUUUGAAUCUUCUGAAGAUGGCCAUUGGGAGAUGAUCGAUACCAAAGAGGCUUUCUCCACUUUGUUGUCAGCUCUGGACCGUAGGGGGGCCCGGGAGGCUCGCCUUCUAGCAUCCUUGGAAAAAAGAGAAUCAAGUUUGAUCCAAGUAAUGUCCAAUACGCCAAAUGAUGGUGGAAAUAGACAGCUGGCCCAGUCAGAUCAAUCUGAAUUAAAUACUUCUAGGGAAGAUAGUUCCUCACCGGUGUCUGAUGUAGACAACCGAUCAAGUUUGAGUGAGAUGCAAAAUGAACUUCCCUCUUCUACUAGCAUAGCAACUGUUGAUGGUGGGAAGAAAGGGGAACAGCUGUUGGAAAAACCAGGCCAUUCCCAAGCUUUUGGUGCAUGGAUAUGGAAGUCAUUUUACUCUGAACUCAACAGCGUUAAAAUUGGAAAAAAGGCUUACCUUGACUCGCUUAGAAGAUGUGAUCAAUGUCAGGACCUGUAUUGGAGAGACGAAAAACAUUGUAGAAUUUGCCAUACCACAUUUGAACUUGAUUUUGAUCUAGAGGAAAGAUAUGCUGUUCAUUCUGCAGUUUGUCAGGCCAAUAAGGAUGUUAAUAAAUGCCGAAAGCAAAGAGUUUUAUCAUCCCAAUUGCAAGCACUCAAGGCUGCAAUCUAUGCAAUUGAGUCAGCUAUUCCUGAAGAUGCUUUGAUGGGCUCUUGGAAAAGAUCUGCUCAUAAUCUAUGGGUCAAUAGGUUACGACGAGCCUCCAAUUUGAGAGAGUUUUUACAGGUCUUGGCUGACUUGGUUACUGCUAUUGACGAAGACUGGUUUUAUCGAAACAACAUUUCGGAUUCUUAUUGUGCUUUGGAAGAAAUAAUUUCAAACUUUUCAACCAUGCCACAAACAUAUUCUGCAGUUGCACUUUGGUUGGUAAAACUGGAUUCUUUGAUUGCUUCUCGUGUGGAAAGUCGGUCUUCUCAACCUAAAUCUGGAAUGGUCCACAGAUUGGAAGAUGGUCUUUGACAUCAGGUACCUGUGUCCCCAAGUAGUAGAGUCUCUCUGGCCUGGAAGACGAAACAGGAAAGAUGGUCAGAGGUAGCAUAAUGAUCAUUGCAUGAUCACGUUUUGGUUGGUGAAGCAGUUUAAGGCAUUCUUUUUCGUUCUGAAGAGAAAAUUGAGUGCAUCACUUGUCUGGUCUAAGGUCAAAGUGGAAGGCUACACCCAUGAAAUGGCUUGUGUCCUCCUUUAUUCUGAUAAAGUUGCUAUUCUUGUACAGCAUGAGGUGCGGUCCUUCAGUUUUGGCCCAAAUUUUGAUCUUGUCACAAACAUUCUUCUUUGUGAAGGAAAAAACCUACAUAAUUUCUGUAAAUAAAUAAGUUUUUGUGUUGCUUUCGAA